AUGGUGUCCUUACACAAUGUGAAACGCAUUGGGGCUGAAUUCUACGGUCUUGAACAUCUCGAUAGUGCCAGGAGCAGUAGUAGAGAGGCGAAACCAAUCAAUCUGUUUCCAAAACUAUCGCGUUUUGUGUUGGAGGACAUGGAUAGUCUAGAGGAGUGGUCAAAUGCAAUGGUUCCCUCGAAUUCUUCCUCAUCAAUUAAAGUAUUCCCUAAUCUCCAGUACUUGGCAAUCGAAAGGCUCCCCAGUUUGGCUGUUUUACCAGAUAUGGAGAACUUGACAUCUCUUGAGGAGUUAGAGAUACGAAGAUGCGGAAUUGUGGCAUAUAUGAAAAACCCCCAAUCCCUACAUACUCUAAACAUCUCAAGAUGUGAUAAGUUGAAUACUUCAUUGAGUAAUAAUCUUGAGAAGUUCACAUUGCUCGAGCGGUUGACGAUCUUUUCUGACGACCCUGGUUGUUGGGCAAAGGGUCUACAAUAUCUUGCCAACCUCUGCGAGUUGGAACUCGGUGGCUUCUCUGACAACCUUGAUUAUUUCCCGUGGCCAGACUCCAUCACCAAGAAUGAUGGUGAUUCUGCAAAACAACAUUUCUUCUCUCUGGAAAAACUUGAAUUGUUUGGAUGGCCAAAAAUCACGUCUCUUCCAGACCAAUUCAGCAUCACUCUACCUUGA